AUGAGCAACACCAAGCCUUGCUACUCCAGAGAAGAAUUCAUCUCAACCACGAGAUCUCAAAUCGACCAGGCUUUCACCCAGCCGGAAUCGAGCCUAUCCCACUAUCUCGCUGAGAACUUCCCCAAGCUCGUCGACCCAAACGUCGACACGGUCUUCAGAUGGUGCUUUCUGGAAUCCCUACUCGCCAGAUUCGCCGUAGCGAGACGUAUGGCUAGUACAAAGGAAGGACCCAACGACACCUUCGUCCAAACAUGCAUACAAGCAGGCAUGGCUGGUCCACUCGUAACCCUGGCAAAAGAGAAAACUGGGUUGGUUACUCCUGAGACUUGGAACGAGGAAUCUUUUCCUCGUCUUAUGCCGCCCUUCCAGGCGAUGAAUCUACUCGAAGCUGUGGUCCCGUCAAUUAGGCUUAUCGAACAACGAGGGACGGCUAUCCAUGACCUGAUCAAGCACGGGGUUCUCGAUGUGGUCUUUUGCAACAUGAACGCUAGACUUUUAAUCAGGAGGUUGACAGCAACGAGGAUGCUGGCAAGCCUGUCAGAAAGAACCCUGAUUCCUCGCAAAGUACCCCCAUCGACGACGGCGAAGCUCCUUUGCGUUCUUUUCACCGCCGCUCUCCGCGACCCAGCCUUGGAUUCCGAGCAGCUAAACGAUGAGACUACUCUCUGGCAGAGCUGGUUUGAAGACGAUUUCAGAGACUCAAGAAACAACAAGGAGCUAGGGGAUUGGUACCUCAGCGCUAGAUCCCGUAGAUGGAUGGUGUCGCGUCUUUGCGGUCGCAUACAACGCUACGCCAUGGAGGCCGCGCACCGCCUCAUCGCUAUCCCUCCACCGUCACUCUCCAAGCUAUGGAUUGAAGUCCUCGAAUGCAGGCCGGAGAUUACCAGCCUCCUACUCGAGUGUACCAUGCUCGAGCGGCCUGAAUACUACCCCGAGACCCAUAUAGGGCUCGAUUCGGUGGAGGCUCUCAGCGCAUUAUUUCGCUGGCCUUCUUACUGGAUACCGGGGAUCUCGGUACCAACAGACCGACCAUAUCUCUCACAGGACUUGAAGUUGACGCUGCGGCUUUUCUCCAUCUUGAUCUCCCACAAGGGUUGGGUCGAAAAGAUCAUAGAUAUCUGGGAGACACACGAUGCUGAUAACGAGUCAGUAAUCACGCGGUAA